AUGGAAAUGAGGGGCAUAGAGAACAAGUCCGAUAUCGCCCUAGCCGAAUUCCGUCUCACGGGAAUAAAUGGACCGGACAAAGAUUCUUCGGGUAGCACCUACCCAGACGCUGCUGCCGUCGAAGCAAAGUACGAAGCGGAGCGGCAGAUCCAACUUCGCGCCCACGAAACCGUCAGCGACAUCGAGAUCACGGUCGACGACGGCUGGACGGAUCUAGCGCAAGACCCCUGGGCAGGCUGCCCUGACCCAGCUGGAGAAACACCACAUUUGCUCACCCAACGAUCCCAUCUACUCUCCCAACACCGCCACAGAGUCCUGAUUGUAGGUGCAGGCUUCGGCGGCCUCCUCUUCGCCGUGCGCCUGCUCCAGACCGGCCAGUUCAAGGCGAGCGAUAUCGUCAUUGCAGACACAGCCGCAGGGUUCGGAGGCACGUGGUACUGGAAUCGGUAUCCGGGGUUGAUGUGCGACACGGAGAGUUAUAUCUAUAUGCCACUCCUUGAGGAGACGGGAUACAUGCCACGAGACAAGUACGCCAGUGGCAGCGAGAUCCGCCAACACGCCGAGCGAAUUGCAAGGUACUGGGGGCUGGAGACCCGGGCGAUGUUUCGGACCAGUGUGCGGGAUUUGGCGUGGGACGAGGACAAGAAGAUCUGGAACGUAGCUGGCCGGUUGCUUGGGGAUGUGAUGGAUACAGAACAGUUCCGCAUGGCCGCAGACAUUGUCCUCCUCGCCUCGGGCUCUUUUGCAAGUCCACGGGUCCCCAACUAUCCGGAUAUCGCCAAGUACAAGGGGAAGCUCUUCCACACCGCACGCUGGGACUACCAGUUUACGGGCGGGUCAUUGGAAAAUCCAAAACUCACUGGACUGGCUGACAAGCGCGUGGGAAUCAUCGGGACCGGCGCCAGCGCUGUCCAGAUCAUCCCCCACCUGGCACGGUACAGCCGCUCGCUCAUCGUGUUUCAACGGACCCCCGCCGCCGUCGAUGCCCGCGAUAACCGGCCCACCGACCCAGUGUGGUGGAAGGAGGAGAUGGCGAGCCAGGGGGCGGGCUGGCAGCAGCGACGGCAGAAGAACUUCAACGCCUUCACUUGCAACGAGACCCCGCUCCCUGGAAAUAACUGUGUCGGGGACGGCUGGACGCGCAUGCCCUCGUUCAGCUUACUCAUUGGAGGGCCGCAGAAUCUGGCGCCGGAUUACAUUGACCAGAUGCGCGCGGUCGAUCUGGUUCGGCAGGCACAGAUCCGCGAGCGAGCGCACGCCCUCGUGCAGGAUCCGGUGGCUGCAGACUUGCUGACCCCCUGGUACCCUGGGUGGUGCAAGCGGCCAUGCUUCCAUGAUGACUAUCUCUCUGCUCUCAACGAGGAAAACGUGCGCCUGGUUGACCUACGACAUGGCGGACUCAGCCAUUUCACCCCGUCCGGCGUCGUCGCCAACGGCGAGGAAUACGAGCUCGACCUCAUCGUUCUCAGCACGGGAUACACGGUGCCUGUGACGCGUGCGAGCCCCGGGUCCCGUGGAAAUAUCUCUAUUACAGGCCGAAACGGGAUGACGAUGGAGGCCAAGUGGGCAAACGGGCUCGCGACGCUCCACGGGGUCAUGACGCGCGACCUGCCCAAUCUGUUCUUUGCAGGGACGUCGCAAGCUGGCGCAUGUGUGAAUCUCACGUAUUCGGUUGACCAGAACGCCACGCAUGUUGCUUACAUUCUCGGCAAGGCGUUUGAGCGCAGGCCUCCGAACUGCGACAAGGUUGUGCUCCAGCCAACACACGAGGGCGAAGAGCAGUGGGCGGGCGAGGUGCUCGCUCGCGCCGCCGCAUUCCGCGGUAUUGCAGGCUGUACGCCGGGCUAUUUGAAUGGGUAUGGGAAGAGCCUGGACUCGCUGAGCCCGGAGCAGCAGGUCAACAUGGCUCGGCUUGCGGCGUGGGGGGAGGGGAUUGCAAGUUAUGUGAAUCGGUUGGAGGAGUGGAGGGAAAAGGGCGAGUUGGAGGGGGUUGAAAUGACCUUUUUGAAUUGA